AUGGCCAACAAGAAAGUAAUUGCAGUAUUUGGAUCUACAGGAGCACAGGGUGGCUCUGUGGCGAGGGCCAUUUUGGAGAGCAAAAAUUUUGCAGUGAGAGCAUUGACCAGGGAUGUGACUCGACCAAAUGCGCUGACACUCCGCGACCUUGGUGCUGAGGUGGUAAAAGGUGACCUGAAUGACGAAACAUCCGUGGAGGCUGCCUUAAAAGGUGCCUACGGGGCCUUCGUGGUUACCAACUUCUGGGACGAUUUCAGCAAAGAAAAGGAAGUGUGCCAGGGGAAGAUGGUGGCACAGGUCGCCAAGCGCCUGGGCCUGAAGCACGUGGUGUUCAGCGGCCUGGAGAACGUGAAGCGGCUGAGCGGGGGCAAGCUGGAGGUGCCGCACUUUGACGGGAAGGGGGAGGUGGAGGAGUACUUCUGGUCCAUCGGUGUCCCCAUGACCAGCGUCCGCGUGGCAGCCUACUUUGAAAACUUUCUCACGAUGUGGAAGCCGGCGAAGGCCCCCGAUGGAGAUUACUACACCUUGGCACUGCCGAUGGGGGAUGUACCGAUGGAUGGUAUCUCUGUUACUGAUGUUGGAGCAGUCGUCACGAGCAUUUUUAAUUCUCCAGAGGAGUUUAUAGGCAAGGCCGUGGGCCUCAGUGCAGAAGCACUAACAAUUCAGCAGUAUGCUGAUAUUUUGUCUAAGUGUCUGGGGAAAGACAUCCGAGAUGCAAAGAUCACCCCAGAAGCUUAUAAGAAGCUGGGAUUCCCUGCGGCAGAGGAAAUAGCCAAUAUGUGCCUUUUCUAUCAAAUGAAGCCAGAUCGUGAUGUCAAGCUCACCCAUCGACUAAACCCCAAAGUCAAAAGCUUCAGCCAGUUUAUCUCGGAGCACAAGGAAGCCUUAAAGGACAUCUAG